UCAUCACCUCCAAUCCGACAUUGCUACCCCACUUACGGAGAGAGAAUCCCAUACCCAUAAAGAUGAAAAGUAAAGCUGCAAAAACAAGCUUGAAGAGUUGAAAGGAUAAUAGAUCCAAAGAAAAAGGAGCAAUCAUAUAUGCAUUUCGUUCUAGUCCAUGGAGCUGGGCAUGGAGCCUGGUGCUGGUACAAGAUCCGGUGUCUCAUGGAAGCAUCCGGCUAUAAGGUCACAUGCCUUGACCUUAAGAGCGCCGGAGUUGACCUUGCCGAUCGCAACUAUGUCUCCACUUUUGAUGAGUAUAAUCAACCUCUAACCAAUUUCAUCUCAAAUUUGCCUCAAAACCAUAAGGUUUGCUUGGUAGCACACAAUGCAUCAGGUGCGAACAUAACUGACGCCAUGUACAGAUUUCCCGAGAAAAUUCAUGUGGCCAUUUAUAUUGCAGCUAACAUGUGGAAACAUGGGUCUCCUGGUGUUGAUGUCAAACUUAAACAACCCCAAAGAGAUAUAUAUGAGUUCGAAUAUGCAUUUGGUCCUGAUCAACCUCCAACCAGUGUCAAAGUAAACGAGAAGCUUCGUCACAAACUUCUCUACUCUAUUGAGUCCGAAGGAGCCGGGGCACGGAAAUAUCUGGACGGUCCAGGUGAUGGCAGCGUGCCACCACGUGUUUUCAUCAAGACAGUCCAUGAUCAAAUGGCAAUUCCUGAAAAUCAAGAUGCAAUGAUAGAAAGCUGGCCACCAUCUAACGUGUAUGAAGUGGAGAGUGAUCACAGCCCUUUCUUCUCCACCCCAUUUGCUCUCUUUAGCCUUCUAGUUAAGGCAGCCACUUAG